AUGGCUAACAGACCACACGAGACCCAAAACUCGUUGGAAGAAAAUCUUGGCCAAGUCAUGUCGUUAUGUUGGGAAAAGGGGAAGAUCGCGGCUUCCUACUACGACCUCAGCAGUUUGGAAUUGUUCACUUGCCACGAGGCGUUGGAUCACUCACCGGAAUUCGCAAUGACCAUGAAUUUACUGCGUCAGGUGAAACCGCUACACAUCCUCGCGAGCGGUCCUAAUUACUUCCUGAGGGAAUUGCUUGUCUAUUGCCAUUUGCCAAGGGACGAGGAUCUGGGUCGAUAUAAGGUGAAAAGCCUUCGGAUGGCCGCUCUCCUGCCUUUAAUUAUCUUUCCACAAAGUGAGAAGAGUCUCAGUGCGAAUCGACGGAUUAUCCUGGAACUGAAUUUGCCUGGGAUGCCGGGUCAACUCGUCGCGGCCGACCGUGCGGCGUACGUGGAGAGUAUGCUCCCCUUGCAUCAGCAUUUGGUGGUUCAUAGCUUGGGAGCGCUUUUGCAAUAUAUCCAUGCGAACAAAUCGCAUCUGUUCUUGGGACUUGGAUCCGAUGUCGUUGUGAGUGAUUUGAAGGUUUACAAGCUUCAAACGGAAGUGCCGAUGGAUGAUGUCACUAUGGGAUCAUUGCAGAUAUUCUCUGGUACAAAUCACCAUCCUUCGGGUUACAAAGAAGGCGAAAACCAGUCAGUAGAAGGUUUCUCCAUUUUCCGACUAGUUGAUCGUUGCUUUUCACGUUUGGGUUCAAAAUCAAUGAAAAUGAUACUUUCCCAUCCAAUUCGUGAACCAGAAAAAUUAAAUUCGCGCUAUAACACAAUCAGUUGGUAUCUGAGUGCAAAGAAUUCAGAUAAACUGCAGCCUAUCAAAAAGUAUCUUAAAAAUGUUGGUGACAUAAGCCAAGUUUUCCGCAACAUCGUUUUACAACCAGAAAAUAUAAAAAAUUGGCAUCUCUUUAAGAAAAUCGUCUACAACGGGUACAUGGUGUUGAAAAGCUGCCAAGAAAUUGGAACAACUGCGGCACCAAACACUCUUUUUGCAGAAGUUGCGGAGUUCAUUGAAGAUGACAAUUAUAUCCUCCAAGUUCUCCAUGUUUUGGACAGAGUGGUUGACCUCGAUGAGGAGUUGUCUCAUUCAAAGUUUUCUGUAAAAAUGGGUCUCGACGUCGAUCUCGACGAGAAGAAGAAGUUGAUGAUUUCCAUCCAGAACUCUAUCCAAGAAGGAGUUCAAAAUGAGCUGAAAGAGCUGUCUAGUUGUGUGGGAGAUAUUAGCUCUUAUUACAUUCCCGAGGUCGGCUAUGUUAUUAAAGUGGUUUUUUAUGGAGAACAAUCACUUGUUGCUGAGCAAUUGAACCAGAAUUUCACUUUGGUGUCAAGAUCCGAUGAAGCCCAUUACUACCAAAAUAAUCAUUGUAAGGAACUGAAUGAGAAGUACGGAAAGCUUUAUUCCGAAAUACGGGAGCACGAGUCGAGGAUUUGUCAGCGCUUGGUCUCGUUUCUGAAGGAACGCUUACCCGGCAUCCAAGGCGUAGUUAAACUUUGUGCUCAACUUGAUUGCAUCUUAAGUUUCGCCCAAGUAGCCGAUGAAAUGUCCUUAAGAAAGCCGGAAAUUCUCCCGAAGAAGACUCUCAACAUCCAACAGGGGCGCCAUAUUCUUUGGGCGUUAAGACAACGAAUGGUCCCUAACGAUUUUAUCAGCGGCGAAAGCAAUCGCAAGCUGGUGACUUUACUGAGUGCUCCGAAUUCCUCGGGAAAAAGUGUAUAUCUGAAGCAAGUAGCUCUCACAGCGUACCUUGCCCACGUUGGCUCCUUUGUGCCUACAUCCGCCACACGACUUGGCUUGCUUGAUUCGAUUUAUUCGCGUAUAAAUUGCCCGGAGUCGGUUUAUGGAAAUAAUUCGUCAUUUCUGACUGACGUCCGGCAAUUGGGCAAAGUUAUGACCAAUUCCUCCGACCGUUCCCUUAUUUUGAUUGAUGAAUUUGGAAAAGGGACGAGUCUCUUAGAAGCCCAAGCAUUGCUCGCCUCAUGCAUUGAGAACUUGGUAAAACGAGGGGAGAAAUGUCCGAUUACAUUAAUUUCAACUCAUUACGCUGAUAUUUAUGACAUCGUUCCGGACAAGGAUAAGGAUGCAAUAUCAAUAAAAACAUUUGAAAACAUUACAACUAAAAAUGGUGAAAUGAUUUCAACAUUCCAACUAAAGGAGGGGAGAACUGUGAGAAAUUAUGCGACGAAAAUCGCCGGCGUUAAACAGUUUAUGGAGGAGAUCAAUAAAAGUUUUGAAAUGCGGACUCAUGUUUUAAUAGUUUUGCUGGUCCUGCCUGGAAUGCCACAAGGACAUGACUUAGAUGUUUAG